AUGGAACUAACCGAUGGCAUAUAUGUGGUUGAACUUCUGAAUCAUGGGAUGGUUCGUUUGGGUCCUGAGCGAGUUUGCAAUGAAGAGGAGUUCGAGGAGUGGAUUGCGGAUGGAAACGAUGUUGAGGAGGAGGAAAUACCAUUAAUCAACGGGUUGGAAAGGGUUGAUAUUCAUCAUGAGGAUGAUAAUAAUGGCGAGCUCUUGGAAAGGGAGUGUGUUAUAUGUCUACAAAGUUUAAAAAUAAUGGAGAUCAAGGAAGGUGACAAUGAAAGUCUAAAGGUCGAUGAUAAUGUUGCUACUGAUGUUGGUACUAUAACAAAGUCUCUUGUGAGGUUGCCUUGCAAACAUGUGUUUCAUGAGACUUGUGUACUUAGAUGGCUCCAUACAAAUUAUGUUUGCCCAUUCUGCCGGUUUGACUUGUCUCAACUCGACGCUAGUGAUGAUUCUGACGACGAUAGUGAUGAUGAUUCUGAUGAUGUUAGUGAUGAUUCUGAUGACGAUAGUGAUGAUGAUUCUGAUGACGUUAGUGAUGAUUCUAAUGUCGUUAGUGACAUUCUGAUGACAAUAGUAGUGAUGAUUCUAAUGACGUUAGUGGUGUUCCGAUGA